UAAAUAGGUACAGUGUCUAUGGUCAAUAGUCAAUUUUGGUGUCAAAGCAAGCAUGGCGGAUUUCAGCGACACGAAUUCGCAUGAAAUGACAGAGAACCAUGUUAACAAACGGUGCAAUAAUCAGUGGGUACGUUUGAAUGUGGGUGGAACGUAUUUUUUAACAGCGAAGACCACCUUGGCGAGGGAUCCGAACUCGUUUCUGUACCGGCUCUGUCAGGAGGACUCGGAUCUUAUUUCGGACAGGGACGAAACGGGAGCGUACCUGAUAGACCGCGAUCCCACAUACUUCAGUCCAGUUUUAAAUUACCUGCGCCACGGAAAGCUGGUCAUCAACAAAGAUCUGACAGAAGAGGGUGUGCUUGAGGAGGCGGAGUUUUAUAAUAUUACGGAACUUAUUCGACUAGUCAAAGAAAGAAUCAUGCUGAGAGACACUCGACCACAGAGAGAUUUUAAGAAACACGUUUACAGAGUUAUUCAGUGUCACGAGGACGAAUUGACGCAAAUGGUAUCGACAAUGUCGGAUGGAUGGAGAUUUGAACAGCUAAUCAACAUAGGUUCUCAAUAUAACUACGGUAAUGAUGCUCAUGCUGAAUUUCUGUGUGUUGUAAGCCGAGAAUGUGGAGCUAGUCAGCUCAACAGUAAGGAAGAAGAAUCCACAGAUCGUGUCAAGGUUUUGCAGCAGAAGGGUUCACGCAUGUAAUAUCUAGAUCCGUCCUUGUUUUUCCUUGCCUCCUUUAGUUUGAUCAACUGCGCUGCGACAAGAAGAAGACUGUUUUUGUUUUUUUUUUUUUUUUACAUUUAAAAUCGUUAAUUUGUAAAAUCUACGUUUUAUCUAUCAUAUGUGUAUAUUUCCCUUUCUUUAUAUUAUAUUCCUAUAGAUAAUUUUUUAUCUAACAGUACUGUGCAAAAAAGAACAAAAAGAUGUAAAGGAACUUUUAUAUAGAUGUAUUUAUUAACGUAACAAAAAUUGUAUAUUAAGCUUUAAAAAUCUCGAAAGUAUCAUGUUAUUAUUAAUUAAUUAAUUUAUUUAUUCCUCAUUAUUAGGAAGUGUCUAGAAGAGAUAGAAGAAAAAUGUCGAUCUCACGAAAAAAAAAAAAUAAUAGCUUAAUAUAUAAUUUUGUAACUGUUUAUACACACAAACGUGAAACGACAACAAAGUGAAAUUCUUCUCUUUUCCAUAAGCACAUCUAUUUGCUUGAAUCGUUUCGCUGCUAGAUUAUUUUCAGUGAAAAUUCUAAGUACUGUUUUAUUUAAAUCUACUGGUGGUAAAAGAAAAUUAUUUCUUCUUGCUUUUGUUUGUUUGUUUGUUUUAUUGUAUUAACACAGUUCCUAAAAGUUUAGAUCAAAAUAACGUGUUUAUUUUGGAGUAGGAAAGCGCGGUAAACAGAUCGGUCCGGGACAGAAAUUUUACAUAUGUAUAGGAAAGAUGCGAGCUGAUAGAUCGGCUUUCCAAAAUAACAUUUAAAGAAGAAUUUUAAUAAAGCAGAAUAUAAGCUUUUUAUAUAGUCAGAGGAAAAAAACAUAGUUUGUAUUAUUACCAAAUGACGUUCCGUAAUGGCUGCUGUUAUGUUUUAAUUAAGUCUUAUAUCAAAAUACCUGAAUGAAUAUAAUAUGGUAUUCGUGGAGGCAAUCGGUUUCAUACAAAUUUCUAUGAUAACGAUAGUUCUUAUCUCUAGUAAUAAUAGUACACACAUAAACACACAACACACAAAGAUUGUGUAUCAUUUUUCUACUAAAUUAUAUACAAAACACAAAUUCUUUUUCCCAUUCGUGUCCUUAUCGUAAGAAAUCUAAAUUACCUUCGCACUGCCGAAAAACAUAAAGAAUAAUAUUUGUAUACCUAAUGUAUAAUCAUUUUCGAAAACCCAAGAAUGCGCUUACUGAUAACUAUGAAUAUAUUAAAAAAAAAAACAAAAAAAAACAAAAAAGCUGACUUUUUACACAUGUAUUGAUAUAAAAAAAAAAAAAACGGAUCUUUUCUAAACAAGCAAUUUUAUCAUACUUAUACUUAUUAAGAGCACGGAUCUGAGAUAGAUGCGAGAGGAAGUAGACGCGUUCAAUAACUUUGUGAAAAUAUACCGGUUGUGUGGAAAAGAUUUUAGAAAGCAGAAGAAAAAAACAUGUGUACAAGGAAGAUCUUAAAACAUUCGUGAAAUAUUUAAUAUAUAUGCGAUGUAAAAAUUACAAAAAACAAAAAAAAUUAUAUAUACAUGUAAUUUUAUUAUCGUGAAUCUCAAUGGAACCUAUUGUGACGUACAAGACGAAUUUGUAAAUCAUUUUCUUUCACGAAUAUCUCUCUUACGAUUUGCAAUAUGACCCCCUACAUCCGUAAUAAGAGAAUAUACUUGCAACAGAUGUAGGUUGUCAAUUGUCGAAGGCCUAUUAAGAAAGUGUCCUAGACAAUAUACAUAUACAUAUAUAUAUAUUCGUAUAAUAUUUAAAAAUGUUAUAUGAAAAGAGCAUAUAAUAUUGGCUAUUGUUAUAGAUGUUCAUUAGUAUGUUGUACGAAAGAAGUUAUACUAUCUCACUCACAUAUAUACGAUGAUAUUGUUUUUUUUGUAAACAGUUAAAAGAAUACAAUAUUGUAUUUCAACGAUAGUAAUCGAGCGGUCGAUUGCGUAGUAAUUUUAUAAUUUUUAUUUUUUUGAUAGACCAGACAGAAGAAAUACUUGUUAUUGAAACAAAGAUAUCGCAUCAGAUGUUUAAUUGCAAACAAUGAGAAAAGUAAGAUAUCACGAAUUGGCUGAACAAUUUGCUCGGUAUAUCGCGGAACAUAGGAAAAGUCGAAGACCAAUAUAUAUUGUUAAUCCAGCGCGUGCUAUGUACAGUGCUAUGUACAUACAGUUUGUUGUUUAAGCUGAUACAUAUAAGACAUUAUUUUCUAGCUCAAGUUCGUGUAUCUAAUCUAAUCAUUAAUUUAGUCGAUAUAUUAAACGUUCAUUAUAAUAGUGUCGUGCGAAGAAUAUGCUCCUCUUUAAAGUUUGUACUUUCAUAGAUAGAAAGGAUUUCUAAGGAUAAUAGAUAAUACAAAUUUAUUCAAUGUUCGGCGUUAGAAAAUAAGAUAACAUUUACACUGAAGACUAAGAAAAACCUAUGAUAAUAGAACAGAAUUUAUUAUUAAGAAAGAGAUGUAAAGGAAAAAGUUGUAUCGUGUAUGAAACAAUUUUGCGUUACUUGCAUACAAGUAUAAUUUUAAUUUACGUAUUUUGUUUUAAGUUGUGUAUUACUUCGAGAGAUUUUACUGUUGUAAAAUAUAAUAUAUAUAUAUAUAUAUAUGAAUAAUUGUACGGUAUAAAGAUACGCACAAGAGUGCUUUCAAAACGUAUAUUUUUAAACUUGAUUUUAUCACACAAGCACCGAAUUGUCAACUAAGUUACUUUCUUGUACGUAAUUUUUAGAUUGGAACCGCGUUCGUUUUAUUUACCAAAAUUCACCGAUGAAACGAACUGAAAUAUCACAAAGCGCCAGUAUGAAAUAACAUAAACGCGCGCGGCUCCAACUCGAAAGUUAAUGCACAAGAAGUUUUGCCCAUACACUGCGAAAGCGUCAAAUACUCAUAUUACUCCAUACUCGAGUUCAUUAAUAAUUUUAUUUUUAAAAAAAUAUAUAUAUAUAUAAGUAUGUAUAAAUUAUGUGUACAUUCAAAAUUUGUUAAAAAAAAGAUCUUACACGUGUGUAUACAUACAAAUCUUUACAUAUGUGUAUACAUAUGUCCAUCAGUCGUUGUAUGUGCACAAGUGUGAUAAAAUAAUCAAAAUUUAUUUAUCGAUAAUUUAAUAUGAUAAUAUUCAGAUGCUAGAAACGUAAACUCCUUUAGAUCACACUUUCUACAUACAAAUUUAGUAACUUUUAUCUAUUUAGCGCAAUUUUCGCAAUAUAAACUUAAAACUACACAUAAAAGAAUGAAUGUUGGAAUACUAUUAAUUAGUUUGUCCUACACAUGCAAAAUCUAUAUUAUACAUGUGAUUUCAUUGUUUAGAUUAUUGAACUACUUAUUAUGCGAACAGCUAUUUAUACACAUACAACAACUAUUGACAUUAUAUUACUAACAAGAGUUUAUGUUAAGAUUUUAUACACAUAUAUAAAUUCUUCUAGUGUAUGAUUUAUAAAAUGAGAUAAAAGGUAAAAUACAAAAUUACUCAA